AUGGCGAUAAUUCACACGGCUGGACUAAAGCCAGCCCUAUCCUAUGGCAGCGCAGUGUUCGGCAUGAGUGAUUGCGAGCUCAAGCGGGCCCGAGCUACCUUGCUUAGCUUCAAGUCGCCAUCGCAUCGAGGGGCCUCGCUCGUGGCCAAGUGCGUGCUCCAUGGCGACCCUGUGGCAGAUGCGGCUAUUGCUCCUGCGGUGCAGUGGGCUGUGGCAAUCUGGCAACCGGCCGCGGCUAGCCUGGAGAUAAUCGCGGAGGGUUCCCAGGUCCCAGAGGGGCAGGGCGCGGAGCACCACGGCCGCGGUGCCGCGGAGGACCCGCUGGGCGAGUGCGAGUGGGAGGAUGCCGAGGCGGACGCCGGUGCGGAGGCCCAGGCGGACGCCGAGGCGGCCGCAGAGGAGGACGCCGAGGAGGGCGCCCGAGAGGCAGCGGAGGCCGCCGACCCGGAGCUCCAGGCGGCCGCCGAGGCGAUGAUCCUCGAGGCGGACGCCGAGGAUUGCGGCGAGCUGUGCGUCAAUUUCUUCGACACCGAGGGCCAGGGUCCUGAAGUGGUUCGCCGAUGGGACCUGCUAUGA